AUGGCCUCCAAGACGCCUAAGUUGCCGCCCGCGAGGUUUGUGCGCUCGGUCCUCAAGUCUUUCAUGCAGGACUCGGGCCUCGAACCACGCCUCUUUGGGCCUCAUCUCCGUAUCACCAAUGCUCAGGAGGGCCGCGUCGACUUUGAGCUGGAUAUCCAGCCUCACCACACGAUCCUCCACGGCGGCACCAUUGCCAGUAUGGUCGACCUUGGAGGCUCCCUGGCUGUUGCUUCCAACGGCCUCUAUGCCACUGGCGUAUCCACCGAUCUUAACGUCACUUAUAUCGGCAGCGGCGGCAAGGUCGGUGACAAGCUCCGGGCAACUGCUGUUCUUGACAAGAUCGGCAAGACUCUUGCCUAUACAACCGUCACCUUCUACAAUGACAAGGGUGAGAUGACCGCCAGGGGAAGCCAUACAAAGUACGUCCGCGCAGCCUGGAACCCCGACCUCCCAUUAUGGCAUGCCCCUGAGGGAGCGCCAGUCGCCGAGGAGGAGCCUGAGGGCAACGGGGAGGCCAAGUCUAGCUAG